AACGACAUUGAUAUUUAUUUGCAACCUCUCAUAGAGGAGUUAAAACAACUAUGGGAUGGUGUCGAUGCAUUUGAUGCUUACACAAAUGAAAAUUUUAAAAUGAAGGCAGCUCUUAUGUGGACCAUUAAUGAUUUUCCGGCUUAUGCAAACUUAUCUGGUUGGAGCACCAAGGGACGUGUUGCAUGCCCGUGCUGUGGAACUUCAACCAACUCGUGUUGGCUGAAAUACGGAGGUAAGUUUUGUUAUAUGGGCCAUCGGCGAUGGUUGGAACCAAAUCAUCCUUUUCGUUUUCAAAAAGACCAAUUUGAUAACACUAUUGAGAUGCGAUCUGCUCCAAUUUCACCUUCGGGAACUGAAAUUCUAAAGCAAUUGGAAGGUAUAUGUUAUAGAUAUGGCAAAGGUUUAAAUUCUUCUAAGAAAAGGACGAGAGAAGAAGUUGGCAAUUUGGCGGAACAAGUGCAAGUAGAAGCUGCAAAUCAAAUGAGAGUGUUUGAGGAUGCGGAUGACUUCAUUAGAGAUGAUCAUAAUGACAUUGGGAAAGAUAGUGGCACGUUAGAUUCAUCAACGCAAUGUGUGUCAAAACAUUUAUGGAAAAAAAGAAGUAUCUUUUUUCAGCUACCUUAUUGGGAGCACAAUCUUCUUCGGCACAAUCUAGAUGGAAUGCAUAUAGAAAAAAAUGUUUGUGAUAAUUUUAUUGGAACCUUGUUGAACAUAAAUGGGAGGACUAAGGACAACUUGAAAUCACGUUUAGACCUAAAGGAAAUGGGUAUAAGGCAUGAUCUUCAUCCUAAAUUGCAUCCUAACAAGAGAACUUAUUUACCUCCGGCACUUUACACGAUGACUACACAAGAAAAAUUAGAUUUUCUAACAAUCUUACGGAAUAUUAAAGUUCCCGAUGGUUAUGCAUCAAACAUAUCAAGAUGUGUGAAUCUAAGAGAGCGGACACUUUCAAACCUUAAGAGUCAUGAUGGUCAUAUCUUGAUGCAAGAUAUCCUCCCGAUAGCUCUAAGAGCAUCUAAGUCACGGCAACUUGUAGCAGUUGUUUCUGAACUGUCAUUCUUCUUGAAAGCUAUAUGUUCUAAAACUCUCGACCCUAAUAAGCUUGAUCAAUUGGAGUCAACUAUUGCAUUUACUCUAUGCCGUAUGGAAAAAAUCUUUCCUCCUAGUUUUUUCACUAUUAUGGUUCAUCUUCUCAUUCACUUAGUUUCGGAGGCAAAGCUAGGCGGUCCCAUACACUAUAGAUGGAUGUAUCCUAUUGAAAGGUGAGAAAUUAUAAUCUAUCUUAUCUUUUAUUUUUGAAAUUAAUUUAUUACUAAAUUAAACAAACUUAUAUUGGUCUCUUUUUUUGUAAACUUUUAUUAUGUUAGGUAUUUGGUGCGGUUAAAAUCUUAUGUCCGUAAUAGAGCACAACCGGAGGGGUCAAUUGCAGAGGGGUACAUUGCCGAAGAAUGUCUGACAUUCUGUUCUAGAUAUUUAGAAGGUGUAGAGAUGACAUUCAACCGAUUACAAAGGAACUAUGAUAAUGUUGAUAAUGCAGAAUCUUAUAAGUUCUCGUCUGGAGGACGAAUAAUUGGAAAGGUUGAAAGUGUAGUACUUGAUGAAAUCUCAUUAGCUCAAGCACAUAGAUAUGUGCUUCUUCAUUGUGACAACGUCACAUGUUAUCGUAGUGAAUUUUUGGCGGCUCAACGAAGAGCUAAUCGAGGUUGUCGAGCUAACAAAAAUAUUGAACAAAAGUGGCUAGUUGAAAAUUUUCCUGAAUGGUUUCUAGGACAGGCUUUAAUAUCAUGGCUAGGUCAAAAAGACUACGAGAGUGUGAGAUCACUUCACUUCGACAAGAUCCUCGAUCAAAUAGUACUGAGUCAGAAUUUGACACAGAAUCAGAUUCAGAACCCAGCUCAGAACCUGAUUCGCAAAGCCAAUCUCAAAUCCAAGAGCAAGCUAAUGUUGGAUAUGAUGAAAUAGUAGAGAUAGUUGAUGAGCAAGGUAAUGUGAGGACAAAACGAGGGGUAACUCGUGCUAAAGAUGUUUGGAGCUUGCCUGGUGGAGAAAAAAUUGUUGUCUCUUGCAAUAAAUUUGGGCAACCAGUGAAAAAAUCCGGCGGUAUCUUAGGGGGUUGGUUAGGGACGGUUGCACGGAAGGCGAAUUUGUGCCCUAUCCACUAUCCAACUUGGAAGAAAAUGCCAAACUCAUUCAAAAUUAAUAUCAUUAAUCUGACUCGAAGUAAAUUCUCUAUUCCUUCUAAGGAGUGUGUCAAUGCAUGGAUAUUAAAAUCAGUUAGUCGAAAAUGGAAGGGUUAUAAGUAUGAACUUAAAGCAAAAUAUAAGGUAAAUGAUCAAACAGAGCAACAAAUUGCAAGUACUGUACCAAAUGAAAUUAUGCCUCAACAAUGGAUUGAUCUUGUUCGCAUAUGGUUCUCGGAGAAAAGUGAGUUGUAUUCUCGGAUAGGAAAGAUGGCACGUGCAAAUGUUAAAACUCCUCAUACAACUGGAUCAAUGAGCUUUGCUAGAAAAAGACAAGAAUUUGAGGAUGAGAACCAUAGAGAACCGUCUCGUAUUCAGUUUUUUGCAUCGACUCAUAAACAAAAAGACGGAAAUUAUAUUAAUGAUACAUCAAAGAGACUUGUGGAGAAAUGCAUGACUGAAGUUGCUAAACGUUCGGUAUCCUCCGAAUCGCCUGAUGCAAUUUUUCAAUUGGAAAAUGAAGUUUUCGGUAAACUAAUAGGAAAAGAGCAAUAUGGACGAGUUAGGGGCUAUGGACUUGGACCUUCGCCGACGCAAGUGUUUGGGCCACAAGCGCAAUUUAGGUUUAUGGACAAUGCAGAACAAAAUAGUGUGGAAUUGCAAUCACAAAUGAAAACUAUGCAAAACAAUUAUGAGUCCAAGUUGGCGGAAAUGCAACAGAACUAUGAUACCAAGUUGGCCGAGAUGCAACAAGAUUUUCAAUCUCAAUUGAACCAAGUCGCAUCUAUGCUCCAGAUCUUUGCAAGAUCAUCAAACAAUUUAGGUGGUGUAGCUUCUCAGUUUCCUGAUUUUGCUAGAUCCUCUGACUCGGGCAAUGCGGGAGAAAAUCCUGCUCCAGAUAUUUGGUUUACUUAACUUUUGAGCUAUGCUAUAAUUAAGAUCCAUUUUGAGACGAA